AAAUUUCCACGUCACCGCAGAAAACUUUGAUGACACUGAAUUCUGAAAAUCGAUCACUUUAUACAUCGAAAGUGUGAAAGUAGCACGCGUCUGUCAUACAUUUUUGGAAAAUGAUAACAAAAUAUUUGGCGUCUUAGUUGGAUGACUCUCUUUUGUUUCUGAAAAGGAUUAUUUUUGGAAUAUAUUCAAGAUGAUGACCAAAGUGAAGGCCCAGGGCCUCGUGUCAGACUUGAUGCCCAACAUCAAGCUGAUGCAAAUGGCCGGGCAUUUUCUCUUCAAUUACCAUUCAGAAAAUGCUGGCAUGUCAAACCUUCUCCGUAAGAUCUACGCGAGUACUCAUGCCAUCCUGAUCUUUAUCCACUACGCGUGUAUGGGCAUCAACAUGGCGAAAUACUCCGAUGAGGUCAACGAACUGACAGCCAAUACCAUUACUGUCCUGUUCUUCGCUCAUACUAUCAUCAAGCUUGCCUUCUUUGCCUUGAACUCUAAGAGUUUCUACAGGACCCUGGCAGUAUGGAACCAGUCGAACAGUCACCCGCUGUUCACGGAGUCAGAUGCCCGCUACCACCAGAUCGCGCUCACCAAGAUGAGGAGGCUGCUGUACUUCAUCUGCGGGAUGACUGUCCUCUCUGUUAUCAGCUGGGUAACCCUCACAUUCUUCGGCGAGUCAGUGCGCAUGGUGACGAACAAGGAAACCAACGAGACUCUGACAGAGGUGGUGCCCCGCCUGCCUCUGAAGGCCUGGUACCCCUUCAAUGCUAUGAGCGGGACUAUGUAUAUAGUGGCGUUCGCUUUUCAGGUAUACUGGCUCCUAUUCUCAAUGGCCAUAGCGAACCUCAUGGAUGUCAUGUUCUGUUCCUGGCUGAUCUUCGCGUGUGAACAACUGCAGCAUCUGAAGGCUAUCAUGAAACCUCUCAUGGAGUUGAGCGCCUCCUUGGACACUUACCGGCCUAAUACUGCUGAGCUGUUCCGAGCUUCUUCUACUGAGAAAUCCGAAAAGAUCCCCGACACGGUAGACAUGGACAUCCGCGGCAUCUACUCCACGCAGCAAGACUUCGGCAUGACACUGCGAGGUGCUGGUGGAAGACUCCAGAACUUCGGCCAGCAGAACCCCAACCCUAAUGGCUUGACCCCCAAGCAGGAGAUGCUGGCCAGGUCUGCUAUCAAGUACUGGGUGGAGAGGCAUAAGCAUGUCGUCAGACUAGUGGCAUCAAUUGGAGACACAUAUGGUACCGCCCUGCUAUUCCACAUGUUGGUGUCUACCAUCACGCUCACCCUGCUGGCCUACCAAGCUACUAAGAUCAACGGAAUCAACGUGUAUGCUUUCAGUACAAUUGGAUACUUGAGUUACACUCUCGGUCAAGUGUUCCACUUCUGCAUCUUUGGAAAUAGGCUCAUUGAAGAGAGCUCAUCAGUAAUGGAGGCAGCUUACUCCUGCCAGUGGUAUGACGGCUCCGAGGAAGCGAAGACAUUCGUGCAGAUCGUCUGCCAACAGUGCCAGAAAGCUAUGAGCAUCUCCGGAGCCAAGUUCUUCACGGUGUCCCUUGAUUUGUUCGCUUCGGUUCUUGGAGCCGUGGUUACCUACUUCAUGGUGUUGGUACAACUCAAGUAAACUGGACAAACUACAAAAUUUGUACUUAUUUUAAUAAUUUGGUCUAUCGUAAAUACAUAUGUAUUUAAAUCAACUUUUUUUCGCGAACAAUUUAAUUUUAAUCUCGUCAUAUGAGUUAAUGGAUACAGUUUAGUGGUUAAACAAUAAAGCUUAUGCUCACCACUACAAAUUAUGCUGCGGUAUAUUGUAGCAUCUGUUUACUAAAGUACUUUACUGGAGUCUGUCGAGCUUAAUUUACAUGACGCAUUAUGAAAAAUGAGCGCAGUUUUCAACCGAGCAUGCAUUUGACGUCACAUUUUGAUGGAAAAAAACAGCGGUAGGAAAUUAUAUAGGUACUUAUGUUGUAAGUAGGAAAGAAAUAGAAAAAAAAACUGUCUGAAUUAAGAACGAGGGAAGUACAUGUAACAUGGUACCUACCUACCUAUAAGCAAUAGGUACAAUCAUGUAUGAUUCAGUUCAAAGCGCAUAAAUUAAAAUUAAAUAUACUGAUAAUUACAUAUACUUAGUUGAAUAUUUAUUUCGUUACUUAAACAUUUUCUUAACAACAUUUCUCAGACAAAAUUAGGCUGAAUAUAAAUUAUUUAAUCAUUUUAUUUCAAAAGUACAGGCAGGCUAUUUAGACUUCAAAAAAAAACAAGAAAAAUAAUUAAGAGUCCUUUCAACCUUUAACUUAAGAAUUUAAUAUUUAUAAAACAAAAAGUAGCGCGCUUCUAAAAAAAAAACCUAAUGAGUUUUUAUUAAAAAUUAGACGCAACAAUUAGGAUAACUUUUUGUGAUAGAAUGAUUAGAAUUAAAGAAUUUUAUAUAAGUAAUAAUUUUUAAUUAUAUCUGCACUUUAAUGAAAUAAAGUACAAACUUUGUGUUAUAUAUAAGAUAAUUAAUUAAAAUAUAAGUGUACUGUAAUAUUUAUUGAAGUUUUUUUGAAUAAUAUUUAAGUCUGGACAUACCUAAUAUAGUAAACCUACUAGAUUUUAGAGCUGCAUCCCAUUUCUAAAUCUGGUGCAAAAAUUAAAAUAAGGAUAAAAAAUAAAUGAAUUAUUAUGUUUAUAUUCAUAUAAAUAAUAAUAUCUCCUAUAUCGGGUGUGUCGUUCACAAUCACAUUAAAUCAUAUCGCAUAUACUUUAUGAUAUUCUAUGACGAAUUGUAAAAAAAAUAACCUAAUCUAU